AUGGCAAGUGGAAUUGCUCGUGGGCGUUUGGCGGAGGAGAGGAAAUCGUGGAGGAAGAAUCAUCCUCAUGGUUUUGUGGCGAAGCCGGAGACUGCAUCUGAUGGGACUGUGAAUCUAAUGAUUUGGCAUUGCACAAUUCCUGGUAAAGCUGGGACUGAUUGGGAAGGAGGAUUCUUCCCAUUGACGUUGCACUUCAGCGAGGACUAUCCGAGCAAGCCUCCCAAAUGCAAGUUUCCUCCUGGUUUCUUCCACCCUAAUGUCUAUCCAUCCGGAACUGUCUGCCUAUCAAUCCUCAACGAGGAUUACGGAUGGAGACCAGCAAUCACGGUGAAGCAGAUUCUUGUCGGUAUUCAGGAUUUGCUUGACACACCUAAUCCUGCUGACCCUGCACAGACCGAUGGUUAUCAUCUCUUCAUUCAGGAUCCAGCUGAGUACAAGAAGAGGGUUAAGUCGCAAUCCAAGCUGUAUCCUCCAAUUGUCUAA